UCGCCUUUGUGUGAGCGGAGCAGCCCGGACCGCCGCUGGCGCCGCGUCGGAGAGACCCGACGGGGAGCGAGGCGGGCCGGGCCGCGCCGCCCGCGCGCGCCACGAAGGCCGCAGCAUGGUCCUGGUGCACGUCGGUUACCUGGUGCUGCCCGUCUUCGGCUCCGUGCGCAACAGAGGUGCUCCAUUUCAAAGGUCUCAGCAUCCCCAUGCUACCUCCUGCCGACAUUUCCACCUGGGUCCCCAGCCUCAGCUCUCCGCCGACUUCACCCUGCCUCACACGGUGCAGCCCCAGCCGGGGCUGACCCCACACAUGACCCCUGCACACCAGCACAGCGGUCCCCUGCACCAAUCCCUAGCCCCAGUGCCAGCCCUGCCCUUCCAAGAUGUGGCCGGACCAUCCUUCCUACCUCAGGCGCUACACCAGCAAUACCUCCUCCAGCAGCAGCUCCUUGAGGCCCAGCACCGCCGGCUCAUGCCCCAUCCCAGGCGGGCUCAGGAGCGCAUGUCCGUUCAGCCUCACCGUCUGCACCCCAGCUUUGACUUCAGCCACCAACUGCAAACCCCACAGCCCAUGGCACCCCAGCCCAGAUACUUGGCCGAAGGUACAGACUGGGACCUCAGUGUCGAUGCAGGACUGACUCACGCCCAGUUCCAGGUCCGCCCGGUCCCUCAGCCCUAUCAGCAUUACUUGGCUACACCUCGGAUGCAUCACUUCCCCAGAAGCACAUCCUCAACACAGAUGGUUGUUCAUGAAAUCAGAAAUUACCCUUAUCCUCAGCUCCAGUUACUUGCUCUUCAGGGACUGAACCCAAGCAGGCACACAUCGGCUGUGCGGGAGAGCUAUGAAGAGCUGCUGCAGCUGGAGGACAGGCUGGGCAGUGUGAGUCGGGGGGCUGUCCAGAACACCAUUGAGAGAUUCACCUUCCCCCACAAGUACAAGAAGAGAAGACCACAGGAGGGUAAAGCUGAGCAAGAGGAUGGAGAGGAGUCAGAUACUGAUGAGAAAUGCACAAUCUGCCUGUCCAUGCUUGAAGAUGGAGAAGAUGUCAGGAGGUUACCCUGCAUGCAUCUCUUCCACCAAGUAUGCGUGGACCAGUGGCUGGCCACCAGCAAGAAGUGCCCAAUCUGCAGGGUGGACAUUGAAACACAGCUCGGCUCGGACAGCUGAAAGAAUUGGCUGGACACACCAUUUUUCCUUAUCAGGUCGUAUGGCCAUAAACCCUUGCAGCAAAAUUUUUUGCCUUCUGAGCCAUUUGAUUGAGAGGAAAAGUCUGCAGGCACGUUAGAGAGGGAGAGGAGGAGGUGUCGGUACAAUAUCUAGCGGUAGGAGAUAUUGCACAUGCGCAGGAUACGGGCCUGGUGAAAGGGAGCUGGCAUUCCCGGAGCUCAGAGACCCCAUGCUACAGAAGAUUUAGUGUUGAACAUGAAGGAACUAGUUGUGGUAGUCUGGCCUGUCAAUCCUGCAUUUCAUGAGGAUUGUAUAUAUACCUCUCGAAUACGUAGAAACAUGUUAUAGGGGUCCUUUAGCUAUUUCUAUGGAUGGCAGCUGGAGCAUGUUAGCUUAAGAAAUGUUGUGUUUGAUGCCCUACUCAUCUUGUGGUGGACAUGUUGCUGUUACCUAAUUUGCACCAAAUAUUUUUUCAUAGAUUCCUUAUGUUGGUGCCUGAUUAAUACAUUGCAAAAGGGGAAUGCAGAGGUCAAGCUUUCCCACCCUUGGGGGGAAGAGGCGAAAAAGCAAAAUCCUGUUUACAAUCAGAAGGGUUGCGCUCUUUUUCUCAGCCACGCGUGCUUUCUUCCCUUGCCUUUACAGUGUUGCAAAUUUAGAGAUGCUUAAAAAACAUUAACAAAAAAAAAAAAA